CCCCGCCUCACGCAGGCGGCACCGCCUCUACUUAAAGCGGGCGCGGAGCUGCUUCUUUCUCCUGCUCCUCCUGCUGCCGCCGGCCCCGCAGCUCCACCAUGUCGGACCGGCUGCCCUACAAAGUGGCCGACAUCAGCCUUGCAGACUGGGGUCGCAAGGCCAUCGAGAUUGCGGAGAAUGAGAUGCCCGGGCUGAUGAAGAUGAGGGAGAUGUACUCUGGGUCCCGGCCCCUGAAGGGCGCCCGCAUCGCUGGCUGCCUCCACAUGACGGUGCAGACAGCAGUGCUCAUCGAGACCCUCAUCGCCCUGGGGGCUGAGGUACAAUGGUCAAGCUGCAACAUUUUCUCCACGCAGGACCACGCUGCAGCUGCUAUUGCAAAAGCUGGUGUCCCUGUGUUUGCCUGGAAAGGGGAGACCGACGAGGAAUAUCUGUGGUGCAUCGAGCAGACCCUGUAUUUCAAGGAUGGGCAGCCCCUCAACAUGAUCCUGGAUGAUGGUGGAGAUCUUACCAACCUAGUUCAUACCAAGUACCCACAGCUCCUGAAAGGAAUCAGAGGUAUUUCAGAAGAGACAACCACUGGAGUUCACAACCUGUACAAGAUGAAGGCCAAUGGGACGCUGAAGGUUCCAGCGAUCAACGUUAACGACUCUGUCACCAAGAGCAAGUUUGACAACCUUUAUGGCUGCAGAGAGUCCCUCAUCGAUGGCAUCAAGCGUGCUACAGAUGUGAUGAUUGCUGGCAAGGUGGCAGUGGUGGCAGGUUAUGGGGACGUGGGCAAGGGCUGUGCCCAGGCCCUGCGGAGCUUCGGGGCCAGAGUCAUCAUCACUGAGAUCGACCCCAUCAACGCCCUCCAGGCAGCCAUGGAAGGUUAUGAAGUUACAACCAUGGAGGAGGCCUGCAAAGAGGGCAACAUCUUUGUCACCACCACGGGCUGCACUGACAUUGUGCAGGGCAGGCACUUUGAGCAGAUGAAGGACGAUGCCAUAGUGUGUAAUAUUGGCCAUUUUGAUGUGGAAGUUGAUGCAAAGUGGCUGAAUGACAAUGCAGUGGAGGCAGUGAAUGUUAAACCUCAGGUGGAUCGAUACACGCUGAGGAACGGCCGGCACAUCAUCCUGCUGGCCGAGGGCCGCCUGGUCAACCUGGGCUGUGCCAUGGGCCACCCCAGCUUCGUCAUGAGCAACUCCUUCACCAACCAGGUGCUGGCACAGAUCGAGCUGUGGACACACAGUGACAAAUACGCUGUUGGGGUCCACUUCCUGCCAAAGAAGCUGGAUGAAGCUGUGGCUGCUGCUCACCUGGACAAGCUGAGUGUGAAGCUGACAAAGCUGAGUGACAAACAGGCCAAAUACCUGGGCUUGUCGAGGGAUGGGCCCUUCAAGCCAGACCACUACAGAUACUGAGCAGGUGGCACUACCCAAAGACCAAAGUGCAGGGAUACAACCUUCCAAAGCUCUCGUGUGUGCUGGGCAUCUGAGGACAAGCCCUUUGCCACCCUCCUCUCAGUGCUGCACAACCCUGCCCCUCGCCAAGGGAGCUCCAGGGCCUUGGUAGUGGAAGAGGAUCGCUGACUCCUGCAAUUAAAUUGGUUACUUAGGGUCCUAUGCACCUUUUAUUGGCUUCUGAUGUGCCAGUAAGGGGAGCAGGACAGAAGAUGGCUAAAUGCAAAUGUGCUGUCUGGUCAUACAGGUGGCUGGCAGCUCUGAACAGACUCACCACUGCGGUGGGGAACGGUUCCUGCAGGUUGGUGCUUUCUGCCCUGCCCUGCUGCAGUCAGAUGGAUCCUGUUGGGAGACUGGCAGUGUCAGGCCCCUCUCCACAACUGCCCUAGCUGAAGUGCUUAUUGUGAAACUGGUUGUUUGGUCUCCCUCCUAUAAAAUCAACUUAACCUCCUACUCAGAGAUUAGAGCUGGAGUUUUCUUCUGGAUUAAUUUACUCUCUCGGUUUUGGUCAGAGCAAAGACCCUUCUGUGCUUCUUCCAUACUAACUUGAGUAGGGUGAGGCAAGAGAGACUUUUUUAGCAACCUUCUAGUGUGUGGUGAAGGGCUGAGAAGCCUCUGAGGGGAUGGUUGGGUUUAGGGCCCUUGUUGGAUCCUCUGCAAACACCAGCAGCACACUGCUCCCGCCAACGUGACUUUUCUGAGUUGUCAUGUCUGCUGAAUCAUGUUUGUCACUGACUCAAAGUGCUUUUAUUAAAGAUCUGACUGUGGCCUGA